CAGCCGGACGGACGGACGGACGGACGGACAGACCGAGCUCCGCCCGCCCGCCCCCGGAGCCCCCCGGCCGCCAUGACCCUCGCCGUGUUCUUCGGCUGCACCUUCAUCGCCUUCGGGCCGGCGCUCGGGCUCUUCCUCUUCACCGUGCUGCGGGACCCGCUGCGCAUCAUCAUCCUCAUCGCCGGGGCCUUUUUCUGGCUGGUCUCCCUGCUCCUGUCAUCGUUAGUCUGGUUCAUUGCAGUUAAAGCCAGUGACCCAGGGGAUGAGCGGCUGCAGAAGGGCCUCCUGAUAUUCGGGGUCCUGUUCUCCGUGCUCCUGCAGGAGGCCUUUCGAUUUCUCUACUACAAGUUGCUCAGGAAGGCGAUCGAAGGGCUGGUGGCCCUCAGCGAAGAUGGCUGCUCCCCGAUUUCCAUCCAGCAGAUGGCGUAUGUAGCUGGCCUGGGCUUCGGGCUCAUGAGUGGCGCCUUCUCCAUGAUUAACCUCCUGGCAGAUGCACUGGGGCCUGGCACUGUGGGGAUCCAUGGAGACUCGCAGCUCUACUUCCUGACCUCGGCCUUCAUGACCAUGGUGAUGAUUUUCCUUCACACAUUCUGGGGAAUCCUCUUCUUCCAUGGCUGUGAGACCCAGCACUGGUGGGAGAUGGCGGCCGUCAUCCUCACUCACCUCAUCGUGUCAGGAUCGACGUUCUGGAACCCCCUGUACGUGGGCAGCCUCGUCCCCUCCUACCUGCUGAUGUUUGCCACGGGUGCUUGGGCCUACGUCCUGUCAGGAGGCUGCACUCGGAACCUGCUCCAGUCCCUGCGGGGGCAGCAGAGCGAGACAAGCCCCCAGCCAGGAUCCUGAGGGUCUGUCAGGAGCUCUCCCCCUCAGCUGCUCCCUGCCUGCCCUGCCCUCCCUCUGGUGCUGUCAGCUGGGACCUACAGUUGCCU